AAACUAUUGAAUGAUUUAUAAGUUAUAGAAAAUCUUUCACCUAUAAAAGAUUAGUGAUGAGUUGAAAUAGCAUCAGUCAUUGGCAAUACUUUGCAGAUCAACAUCAUGAAGGUCUUGGUAUGUGCACUGUUUUUAUCGGUAUUAGUGUAUGGAGAGGAAACAAAAAAGUCUGACAAGCGUGGAGUACCUGAAGGCAACGUAGUUUCCCUAGAUUCCUUAGGAUCAGGAAUAAAUCUUAGGUCCUUAGGAUCACCGCUUUCUCUUUCGCCUUAUGUAGGAUCACCUUCCUUAGGACUUCCACUUAAUUUAAGAUCAGUUUCUGGAUACUCUCCAUCCAUAUAUGGAUCUCCAUUGUCAGCACAUUCUGUAGGACAUUCUGUAGGAUCACCUUCCUUAGGACUUCCACUUAAUUUAAGAUCACUUUCUGGAUACUCUCCAUCCAUAUAUGGAUCUCCAUUGUCAGCACAUUCUGUUGGCGUGCAAGGUUUAGAUUUAAGAUCAUUGGCAUCUGUCCUUAAUGUUGGACCUUCAACUCAUACCGUUAAUACUAUUACAAAACACUUCCCGUUCGCUGUGCCACAACCAUACGCAGUUCCAGUAGAUAGACAGGUACCAGUACCAGUACCUCACCCAGUACCAGUUGCCGUAGAUCGCCCUUAUGAAGUAAAAGUACCACAGCCAUACCCAGUUACAGUCGAUAAACAUGUACCCUACACUGUAGAAAGACCAGUACCUGUAGAGGUAAAAGUUCCAGUUAGAGUAGAAGUACCUGUACCUGUUAAAGUAGGAGUACCACAGCCUUAUACUGUGGAGGUACCAAAACCCGUAGCAGUUCCAGUACCAUCACCAGUUGUUGUGAAAGAACAUGUUCCAGUGCCAUCUCCUGUAGUUGUUAAAGAACAAGUUCCAGUGCCAUCCCCAGUAGUAGUAAAAGAACAGGUACCAGUACCAUCUCCCGUUGUUGUUAACGAACAUGUACCUGUACAACAACCUAUCUAUGUGAGGGAACAGGUUAAUGUACCUCAACCCUAUCUUUUGAAAGAACAUGUUCCUGUUGAAUCUCCAGUGUCAUUUAGACAACAUAAUGUGCACCAUCAAAAUCCAUAUUAUUUUUAAAUAAAAUAAAACUAUGUUAGUAUUUA